UUAAUGUUUACGGAAGGAGUAUGGCUUCCAGGGAUCACCUAAAAGCGGGCCAAUCUUUCAGUCUUUUCUCUGCAUUGGGCAUUUGCCAUCUAACAAAAUUCUAAUUAAUGACCAACCAAAUUUUUUUCUCAGUGUGUGGUCGAUUUAUGAGAACUGGUUACUACGCGUUUCGCGACAUCUCGAAUCCCAGAGAGACGAACGGUCCCCUAUCGAUUUAUGCUACCGAUCAAAGCCUCGUCUUGCUUGUCUCCAGUCGCCCGAAACGCACGAAAUCGAAAUAUCAGGGCUAAGCCCUCUGUUUUGUAUUAUUUUGAGUUUACUUUAUUUCAUAUAUUUCCACAUAUUUCAUUAUACGUCUCGAACGAGCUAUUUGCAAUUCUUAUAUCUGUUAUUGAAAGUUAUUAUUAUGUAUUAUCUUUAUCAGAAACGAAAUGAUCGUGAGCUCUCGUAAAUUUUCGGAACUCGAGAUUCGGGAGAUUCGCGAUAUAUAAGCUUCUCGGAGCCGAUGGACAGGGUCUUGCUAAUCAUAUCGUCGCUACGCAUAAUUCGUUAGGGCAAGUAACAUAGUAAUUAUUACAAUAAAGACAGAAAUUAUUAAGAAGAAGAGAGUUUAUUUCAUACAAAGGAGGCUACAUCAGAAAAGAAAUUUAGAGACUUAUGCCUCGAUUUGCAUCGCCUGUUCGAUUUAAAUCCCCCAGGAUUUUUACGCAAGAAAUCAAACAUUAUGAUCCUUUGAGUCGGAUCCAGGACGAGAAGUUAGGAGAAGGCGGUUUGAAGAGGCUGCGGACUAGCAUCCGGGAGAGGUCAAGGAAGCAUCCGUGGAGCAAUUCAUCGGUGGUUGCGAUUACGAGAAUGGAUUUUAUUUCUUUGAUACUAGGCACCUUAUUUGUUAUUUUAAUAAUUCGCGUAAUUAUGUUAAUGUAUCAUCAAUAUAUUCUUCGAAGAAAACUCAAGAACAUUCCUCAAUAUGGCAGAUUUCCUUUUGGUGCAGCACUUGAACUAAUAAAACUAACAAACGAGGGACUUGUACAAUGGUAUUUACAACGUAUGCUACAAUUUAAAGAAGGAAUUUUCGUACACUGGCUUACCAUAUUUCCAUUCAUUAAUCUUUAUAAACCUGAAUUAUUAGAAAUUAUUAUGACCAGUACUGUAAAUAUUGAGAAAGGACAUCCAUAUCAACUGCUGAAAUCUUGGUUAGGCAACGGACUUCUGACUUCUACAGGAAAACAAUGGUUCCAUGAUAGAAAAUUGAUCGGGCCAACAUUUCACUUUAGUAUAUUGGACCAAUUUGCUGUGAUUAUGUACGAAAAAGCAGAGAUUUUGAUAAAAUGUCUGGAAAAGGAGAUAGCAAAGAAUCCAGGGAUGCCCAUCAAUAUUUUUCCGUUCACUAACAAUGUUGCGCUUGACGUUAUAUGUGAAACGGCAAUGGGUGUGAAUACACAUGCUCAAGAAGAUGAAAUCAAGUAUACUGCAAUAAUACAUAGAGUUUCUAAAUUAGUAACAAAGCGAUUAAUUCGACCGUGGCUAUGGUCAGAUUGGUUGUAUAACUUAAUGCCUGAAGGAAUGGAAUAUAAAUCAAUGAUUAAUAUAAUACAUAAAUUUACGAGAGAGGUAAUACAUAAGAAAAAGAUUAUUCGACAAUCACGAAACGAUUCUACUAAAGCGGAAAAUGAAGAUGAUGAACCUGAUAUAGGUAAACCGGAGAGGAAAGCUUUUCUGGAUCUAUUACUAGAUCAAAAUGAGAAGGAUGAAAUUCCAUUAACCGAUGAUGAAUUGAGGGCACAAGUUGACACAUUCAUGUUCGAGGGUCACGAUACAACUGCGGUUGCCAUAACCUGGACACUCUUUCUUUUGGGUAAUAAUCUAGAGCAUCAAAAAAAAGUUCAUGAAGAACUCAAGGAAGUUUUCAAGGAUUCAGAGAUACCAGCCAACAUAAAAGAACUGUCGCAAUUAAAGUAUCUUGAUAGGGUCAUAAAAGAAGCGCUCAGAAUAUUCCCAAGUGUACCUAUAAUCACAAGAAAAUUAUCGGUAGAUAUAAAAAUAGGUGAUUAUACGUUCCCAAAAGGUGUUACAGUUGCAUUGGGAAUUGGAUUAGUGCAUAGAAAUCCGGAAGUUUGGCCAGAUCCGUUAAAGUUCGAUCCAGAUCGUUUUCUUCCGGAAAAUUCGAAACAUAGGCAUCCAUAUGCCUACAUUCCAUUUAGUGCUGGACCAAGAAAUUGUAUUGGCCAGAAAUUUGCUUUACUCGAAGAGAAAACAAUGUUAACAGCUAUUCUGAGAAAGUGGAGAGUGGAAAGUGUAAAAAAAUUAGUCGAAUACGAGGCCACUCUUAUUUUGCGACCAACCGAAGACAUAUUCAUCCAUUUCACGCCAAAGAAAUAAAUAAUUUACCAUUAAAUGUUCAUUUCUUCUUAUCGUGCACAAUCUUUAUAAUCUUUUUCGGUUAUGGAAUUUUUGAAUCGUUAUUCUCGUUGUAGAUAUAGCAUACUACUAUUGUAUAUUAUAUAUUAAUAUAUAAUAAUUCAGAGUGAUAUGAAAUGUACGUUUGAAUAUCACAAAAUAAUCGGUGAGGAAAGAAGGUCGAAACCUCGAAGUAUCUCGAAAAAAUACAACGCGUUAAUGUAUUACACAUUCUGUGUAUAAGAACUUUAAACAUGUGUUAUGUUUUAGAGCUGAUAAUAGUUACAUUCAGCAGAACAAUUACUCAGUCGUCGUCUUGUCACUUGAUGUUGAUUAUGCUUAUUAAAUAUGCUUAUCGAAUCAAA